AUGGAGGUGCUGUCUUCCUUGCUGUCGGAGCCUGAUCUUUCGAUUGCUUUGAAGAGUUCGUGGCGUGCAGCUUUUCACGAGGCUUAUGCUGUUGUUACUGCCGAGCUGAAACAACAGGUAGAAAGGUCGGAGGAAGUUCAGGUUCGUACCCUCACUCAGCCCGAGCGAGCCGAGAGGUACGAAAAGCAAGUGAAACGGCUUAGUGGCGUGAACAUAAAGGGAAGCUCGGAGCCUUCUGAACGGCUCGUCGAUGUCUGUGUUGCAAUCUACGAGCGCAAUCAGCUUCAGUACGUGCCUUGGUCCAGGUGCUCUUCCAGGGAGCAAGAGGCGCAGAAUGAAUCACGUAAGGAGGUCAAGCUUGCGCUGGAUAGUUCGGGCAAGGUUAAAGUUGACUCUGCCUCUAAGGAGGUAGUCGCUGAUACGAGCACUGAGGUGCUCGUGAUGCAGGCCCUGCAGCGCAGAGCUUUGGCCAUGGAGCAAGCUAACAUUGUUUCUUACACCUUGCUUGACCUUUGGCAUCAGCGUUUGAUGAAGGCCCGUCUUACGGACCCCCCGCCUGGUUACUCAAGGCCUUCGUUUGACCAGCUUCGCCUUGCAGAUCAGAAGCUAUUCAGUGAGCUUCAGGAUGAAACAAGGUCUGGGAUCCAGGCUUUGAGUUCGGGGCGUCCGGUUGAUAACCUGAUCAAGGAUGUGAUGCAUCGUGCGGAAGUGAGUUCGCUGCUCCUGCCGCUCCCAGCGCCCAGUGUUGCGUCGAUUGCAAAGUCCACGGCUACGGCGCCGCCGCCUCAGCCGACUUGGAAAGGGAACGGCAAGGGCAAGGGCAAGCUGAAGGGGAAAACAGGUGUUGGCCCUUGGUUGAAGCCGAUGAAGGCUUUACGCGGUGAAGCGGUAUGUGAUGAUGCGCUGAGUGGUCGCGUUGAUGACUUGUUGGCACUCUUUGAGAUGCUGCCUUUUGAGGAUUGCCCUCGCAGUGAUGAUUCGGGUGCGCGCGCCUUUGGAGGCGGCGCGUACAUGAAAGGUUUGCUGCCCCAUCGUAUCCUUUCACCAGACAACCACACCCUUGGCGUCGUGGCUGACGCUCUGGCUUCUUUGGGCUUCAACCUGGAUAUCAACCCCAUUACCCCAUUGGACAGCCUGUUCCGGCCUGUGCUACGUCAGGCGUGUUGUGGUUGCGCACGCUUGUCUGCUACGCUUAAGAAGGAUGGCUUUGACGUCUUGCCACUUGACUGCGAGGGCAACCGACACAGGCCGCUCGUUACUGUGGUGACGCCCGACCUUCGAAAGCCUGCGUCUUGGGAGUUCUUGCAAACUUGUGUCUUGACAAAUCGCGUCUUUCAUUUUCACGGCGCCCCUCCUUGUGGCACCGCUUCCAGGGCGCGCGACAGGCCUAUGUCAUCGGCAGAGUGGGGGCCUCCCCCGUUGAGGUCGGAUCGCUACCCACAGGGCUUUCCUUGGCUGCGUGGCACUUGGCGCGAUAAAGUUGAGAGUGCUAACUUGAUUUAUCUUCAGAUGGCACGCUUCUGCGAGUGGCUCUCUUCCUUGAACAUCAGUUGGAGUGUUGAGAAUCCUGAGCGCAGCUACAUGUGGCUGCUGCCGGAGUGGAAGCACUUGCGCUCUCAGUGUCUUGAUGUUGUCUUUGAUUCUUGCAUGUGGGGCUCUUGCCGCAAGAAAUCUACUCGAUUUCUCACCACGUGCGUCGAGAUGCUCUCAUUGGCAAAGACUUGUGACAAUAAGCAUUCGCAUGCAGGUUGGCAGCCCGUUAGGAACAAGUCUGGUGUUCAAUACGCCACCGCUCAAGAGGCUGCGUACCCUCAUGAGCUCUGUCAGGCCAUGUCAUCGGCUUUGCAACUUCAGGCUGCAUCUUUCAACUUGGAGCUUGUGCGUGAAUGUCCUCUCGAACUGUCGUCUCAUGCAGCUGCUGCCUCUGCUCGGCGGCAGCCCAAGCUCUCUAAGUACAAGCCGCUUCUUGAAGAUUUCAAGUAUCGGGUGACCGUUGCAGUGGAUUCUGUCGAGCAUUUGAUUCUGGAGAUCGUUGCCUCUCUCCUUGCUAGACGUGGGCCCGCGAUCUUCAGGCUGAUGAAGAUCGCCUUCAUGAGUCGCGUUCUUCGAGGGCGCGUUCAUCCCUAUUGGCUGCAGCAUCCCGAGAGGGCUCGUGUUCUCGUUAAGACGGUGGACCUUAAAUCUGCCUACAAACAGCUCGCGCUGCAUCCGGAUGACAGAAGGUUCAGCGUGAUCUCUUUGAAAGAUCCGGCCGAUGAUGAGCCCAAGGGUUUCUUGUGUCGGGUGUUGCCUUUUGGCAGCAUCGCAAGUGUUGGACAUUUCAACAGGGUGGCGCGCUUGGUGCAACGAAUUUUUCAUGAGAUGAAAUUGCUUGCUGCAAAUUAUUUUGAUGACUACCCAUUGCUGGAGGUGGCUGAGUUGAGCCAGAACGCUGAUCGGUGUGCCAAGGCUGUUCUUGAUCUUUUCGGCUUUACGUGGGCCAAGGACAAGGAUGAGGCCUUCUCCCCCUGCACUGACCUUCUUGGUAUCAGGCUGGCCACCUCUACUUCGGGUCCUGCUGCUGUCACUCUUUCGAAUAAGCCAUCACGAGUCGCGGACCUUCGCAGUGCUAUUGACAAGGUGGUUUCCGAUGGCGUUUUGAAGCCUCGCGAAGCCGCAUCUGUUUUUGGACGUUUGCAGUUCGCUGAGACCCAGCUCCUUGGCAGGGCAGGUCGUCUUGCCAUGGCGGACAUUCGCUGGAUUGAGAGAGCUCAUCAUGAUGUAAAACUCGACGACUUGGACAAGGAUGUCUUCCGCAUGCUCGCUUCGCGCGUGGCUUCCGGCAAGCCUCGGGUGUUGACUGCUUCUACUUCUGCUGCGAGGGCUUUGGUCUUCACCGAUGGCGCUUGUGAAGGCGAUGAGGGCAACCAGCAGCUCACGAUUGGCGGUGUUCUGUACUUCUGGACUGGCAAGGUUUGGCUCACGAGAUGGUUCAGUGGUUUUGUUCCUGCUGAGUUGGCCACUGCGUGGCGAGCUGCCCGCAAGCGCCAUUUGAUAGGCCCGACUGAAUUGUACGCGGUGAUUGUGGCGAGGCAUGUCUGGAGCCGUUUUCUAGAUAACACUCGUUCCAUGUUCUUUAUCGAUCAUGCCGGAGUUCUCAGCUCUUGCAUUAAAGGGACAUCGCGGGAUUCAGAGUGGAGGAAGCUUCUGCUGGCUUUCGAGAAGAUUGACUCAAGCUCACCAAGCCUGACGUGGUACGCGAGGGUUCCCUCGCAAUCGAACCCUUCGGACUCGCCAUCUCGAGGCUCCAGUGAUUUUCCAACUUUUGGAUCAGUGACUUGUGACGAAGCUUCGUGUCCGAUUGUGAAGUGCUCUUUGCGCGCAGUGGUCAGUGAGGUUGGCGUAAAGGGGGUUGUCCCCUGA